CGCCCUCCGCCCGCCCCUCCUGGCGCGGAUCGCGGAGCUACGGCUUAGUUGGAGUGGGAAAGAUUUCUUCGAUCGGCUGGUGCAGGUCCUACAGAUUAGUGGCAGCCCAGAGAGAAGGCUGGGGGUUGUCUCAGUACAGUUUAGUCAGGUUGCUGAAGGUUAAAACUGAGGAAAAAAUCAAGUACCACCCUUGCCUGCUGCCAAGAAGAUGACACCCCCCCCCCACCACCACCACUCCUUGCCCCCGACGGUGGGAAAGAGAGGGAGAAUUUGCAUCUCAGGAGACGUGCAAAUUUAUCUCAAAACCCAGACUGCACUGGGACAAGAACCCCACCAAAUCCUGGAAAACACCCCAAAAGAGACGAGCCAAAGCAGAAUUGAGAGGUCAGGGUGGUGUUUGGACAGCAGGAGCGAGGUCUAAAGCUGACAGAGACGCUGAAAACAUCGGUCACUCCUCGCCCCGACUACAAAGAAAGUCAUUUGGACCCAGGACCCCCUGGACCGAACAAGCUGAACUGAAUCUGGGGCAUAUCCCUACUGCCCUUGCGAGGACGGGAAUCCUGGCUCUGCCCUUAGCGGACAGAGCUGCAAAUCCUUGUUUUCAGAGUCACUGUUGGGAGCGGCGGCCGGAACCCGUGGACCUGCCUACUGCCCCGUUUUGAGCUGAUCACUUUUAAUAAAGGCAUUAAAAAGGAGAACUAUCUCCUGCCCUGUUUAUUUCAGCUGGGGGAAUCGUCCAGGAGAGCCACGCCUGAAGAGGACACCAGGACUGGGACGGCUGCCCACCUUAGGAUCUCUGGGACAGCUGGCUAUCAGGACCUGAGGAGAUCAGCUCGGGACCAGUGACACCGAGGAGCGUUGGAUUGGUGAGAAAUAUCCAGCGGCGGGAGUGGGGGCGAGUGAGUGUAGUGUGAAUGAGACGAGGACUGGCAGCUCAGAUUCUCGAAGCGAGUGGGACUCCCUUGUACCGAGUUUCCGGACUCCUGCGAGGGGGCCGGCCGGGAACGGGAGGAAGCGUGUGGAAUUAGUGUGAGUGAGUGCCUCCGAAGGGGGAGAGAGGGCCCCCCGACUCCGGGUGUGCGGAGGAAUUUUGGGUGUGAGUGGCACGCAAUCCAAAAGUCCUGGAAGUCAGGCAAAUUGUAAGUCUUGAGAAGGAUUCGAGCAAGCUCAAAGCCCUGCAGGCAAAUAAAGUCCUGACAAAGGGAGUCAGGCACAGAUCUCGGCGAAGGAGGCAGGCAUGGCUCCUUCUCUUACGCCGGGGUUAUGUGGGUUCAAGUCCUGAUAGACAUAAGACCUGACACUAGGAAAGUUGGGCAGUCAAGAGAUCAGGCAGUUUUUUCCUGACGAAGGAGGUCAGGCACGAAUUGGGCUCUUACGCCGGGGUUUCGUGUUUAAAGUCCUGAUAGACAUAAGACCUGACAUUGGUAAGGUUUGGCAGUCAAGAGAUCAGGCAGUUGUAUAAAUAUAAAGUCCUGAGCUUCAGGCAAUUUUUAUUGACAUUACCUGUCAGUAGAGGCACCUUUGGGAGUUUUUUCUGUUGAGACCUGAAAAAUGGGAGGAUGUAACAGCAAGAAGACUGGCAAGAAGCUGAGGAAUAUACCUCCCCAUAGUCCCUUAGGAGAAUUGUUAGAGAGAUGGGAUUCUAUAGAGGCUACUGAGGGAUUAGAUAAGGUUAAGAUGAUCCAUUACUGUGUAGAAGUCUGGCCAGAAUUAGAAGUGCAAGGAGGAUGGCCUUGGUGUGGGACAAAGGACAAGUGGAUGUGUCAGCAACUGAGUCAAUAUCUGUCAGCUUGGGAGGAUACCGAUCCCGAGCAAUUAUUGUAUGCAGCUUGCUGGUUAAAGAGUGCUAUCGAGGAUGAAGGUGUGAGAAUUUGUAGGGUGCAGAGGAAGAAGGAGGGGAAUGAAGGAGGGGAUGCUGGAACUAGUAAAAGAUGGGAUCCCCUGGAUUAUUUGCCUCCGGGUGCCCCUUUACCUUACAAUCCUCUUCCUCGGGCACCUCAAAGGGCAGAUCCGGCCAUUCCCCCGGCUGCUAUCUCAUUAUCACCUCCUGUAAUUCCUUCUUCUACCCCUUUGGCUUCCCCUACGGCAGACCCAGUAUCUCCCCUAGUAACCACUCCCUCACCACCCCCUUCAGCUCCUCCAGUUCCUUCUGCACCACCACAAGCGUCUACUCCACAGGCUGCAUUCUCCACCCCUUCUCCAGCUCCACUUAAUAUGCACACAGGCUCUUCUCCCCCUCCUAUUGCUGUCCCUUUACCUCCUCCUAGCUGGGACACAAAUGCCUCCUUGCCUGAUAAAUCAUUAUCACCGAAUACACCUGGUGACCUGCAGAGAGUUCAGGGGAAUCCUGAUAUCUCUCAUACUGGUAGUUUGAUGUCUGAAGAUGGGCCAUACUGCAAUACCCGAUCUGAGACCUCCAAAGUAGAGAGACUUUUUCCCCUCAGAGAAGUUCCUAUGGGAGGAGUAGCAGGAGGUGUUGGUUUUGUGACUGCUCCUCUAACCGCUUCUGAGGUGAGAGGAUUCAAGGAGUUAGGGCAUUUAGUUGAGGACCCAGUGGGCAUAGCUAACCAAGUGGAUCAAUUCUUAGGUCCAAAUAUCUACACUUGGGGGAAGAUGAAUUCCAUUCUGAAUAUAUUAUCCUCCCCAGAAGAGGUCCAGAUGAUUAGGCCGGCUGGCAUAAGAAUUUGGGAGAAAGAUAACCAUCUGGGACCCCAAGUGCUAGCAGGUGAACAGAAAUUGCCACUAACAGAUCCCAACUGGAACCCUAAUCAGGAGGAGGGGAGGAAGGCCAUGAUGGAAUAUAGGUCUUUGAUAAUUCGGGGAAUCAAAGAGUCAGUUCCCAAAGGAACUAAUACCAAAAUGGCAUUUGAGGGUGCACAAGAGAAAGAUGAAACUCCUGCUACUUGGCUUAAUCGCCUAAAGCGGAAUUUCCAGCUGUAUUCCAAAAUAGACCCAGACACCACGGAAGGCCAAGUGUUACUAAAGGUCCAAUUUGUUACCAAAUCUUGGCCUGAUAUACGGAGAAAACUGGAAAAGAUUGAAGAUUGGCAAGAGAAGGACAUUAACGAGUUACUGAGAGAAGCAUUAAAGGUGUAUUUAAGGAGGGAGGAAGAAAGAGCAAAGGCCAAGGCUAGGAUCAUGGUUGCAGUAGUUAGAGAAAGUGUAGGGGCAAACAAUUCUAUCCCACGAUACAAGGUAACAAAAGAGUGGCCGGGUCCACCACCAGGAGAAGGCAAGGAUAGGCCAGUUCAGUCAGGGACUAGAGGAAUGGAGAGACCUCAAGUCCCUUUGAGUGAAAGGCGUUGCUAUUACUGUGGGGAAACUGGACACAUUAGGAAGUUAUGUAGGAAGCUCAGUAUUGAUGAGGCAAUAGCCAGAGAACAAGACAAUUUAGGGAGGAUUCUUAGGGGUGACGAUUAGGUGUGUCAAGGGCUCUAUACUUUAGGGGACCCGAUGCAACAUCUAGAUGAGCCCUUGGUAAACUUUGAAGUGGGACCCCUAAAUGAGGAAUUUGAAUUUUUGGUUGAUACAGGAGCAGAUAAGUUCUGUCUCAACAAAGUACCAGAAGGUAUGGCAAUUGGGAAAAAAUUUUGUGAAGUGUUGGGGCUGAAGGGAAACCAUUUAGAGGAUCAGUGAUUGAAGAUGUAAAAAUAAUGGGAAACUCAAAACAGUAUGAAGCUAAUUUUAUUUAUCUGCCUAAGUUAGAAAAAAGUUUGUUAGGAAGAUAUCUGCAAGUUCAUUUGGGGGCUGGGAUUGUCUCAAGAGAAGGGAGGAUGGUGGUACAAAUAAUGAAGUUAUCCCAAGGGGAUGUUGCAGAGAUAAACCCCGAGGUAUGGGCUGAAGGGGGAAAGCGGGGCCUAUUGGACCUUCUACCGAUAACAAUAAAAAUGCAAGAUGAUACUUCACCCAUACGGGUUAAACAGUAUCCAAUCCAGAAGCAAAGAAGGGGCUUGCCAUAGUUAUUGAACAACUGUUGCAAGAGGGAAUUUUAGAACCCUGUAUGUCACCACACAAUACCCCUAUACUGGCAGUUAAGAAAACUUGAAGGGAAAAUAUGGGAGGAGCGUGGAUAUCUAAGCUCAAAAGGAAAAAGCUUAGCCCAUGAGAACCUGGUCAGGUCUGUAUUAGAAUCUCUACAGAAACCAAUAGAAAUAGAGGUGGUCCAUAUAAAAGGGGCACCAAAGAAGAGACAGUCCGGAAGUUAGGGGAAACCAAUUGGCUGAUUGGAUAGCAAAGGAAGCAGCUUUAGAACCAGGGGAUCCAGUGAAAGUUCUUAAAGCAGAAACCACACCUGAAGAGAGAGAAAGAAGAGAAGAACCAAUAUUUAGUGAAAAAGAAUUAGAGGUUAUAAAGGAUUUAAAGUUACACCAGGGGCAACUAGGGGAGUGGUUAACUUCAGAUGGACGGGUGUUUUUGAACAAAGCACUGGCUCGGACAGUGCUAACAGAACUACAUAAACUAACCCACUGGGGAGUUCCGGGGCUAUGUGAUCAUUUCUUAAGAAACAACCUGUGCAUAGGUGUAUAUAGCCUAGCAAAAGCAAUUACAAAAGGCUGUUUCAUUUGUCAAAAAGUGAACCAGAAAGUCUUGCGACAGGUAGUCCCUGUAGGGAGGGAAUUAGCUCUUAGACCUUUCCAAAGCAUACAGAUAGAUUUCACUGAGAUGCCCCCAGUGCAGGGGUACAAAUAUUUACUGGUUAUAUUAGAUCAUCUCACCCAUUGGGUGGAAGCUUUCCCGGCUAGAAGGGAAACAGCCCAAGUUGUGGCAAGUUUAAUUUUGGAAAACUUUAUCCCCAGAUAUGGAAUAGUGAACACCAUAGACUCAGACCGAGGUUCACACUUUGUAGCCCAAACAUUGCAAAAUAUAAUCAGAGCCUUAGGAAUAGAAUGGAGAUUAUAUACUCCAUGGCACCCCCAGAGUUCUGGGAGGGUGGAGCGGAUGAACAAAACACUCAAAAAUAUACUAACUAAAUUGAUAGAAGAGACAAAAAUUAACUGGCUGAAGUGUUUGCCACUAGUGCUUUUGCGCAUCAGAACAAGACUGUGGUCUGACAUAGGGAUUUCACCCUAUGAAAUGAUGUUUGGACUGCCAUUCUUGUUAACACCCUAUAGCACAGGAGACUAUCUGGAAGGAGAAGAGGCUACUAGAAAGUAUUUAGAAAUCAUUGGAAGGACACUUGAAGGUCUUAGAAAAAGAGGAUACCGAACCCAAAUUUCCCCUUUUGAUGCAAAGGUUCAUAACAUUAAUCCAGGAGAUUGGGUUCUGAUAAAAUCAUGGAAUGCUGGACCAUUAAUGCCUAAAUUUGAAGGCCCCUUCCAGGUACUCCUCAUCACUAAUUCAGCUGUGCGGACCAGAGAAAAAGGUUGGACUCACAUUACGAGAAUAAAAGGGCCAGUCUCACCCCUGGGCACGGGAUCAGAUUACACACCACUCCCACCUCCGGGCACUGCACGCGAUUCAACUACAUCAUGAGUUGAUUCACCUGAGUAUACUGUUACAAAAGGACCAAAUGACUUAAAAUUGACUCUCAGAAGGAAGAGUUAAAAAGACUGAACUGUAUAGAAAGAGUUUGGUAUCAGAAUCACAACAUAUCCAAAAGUGUUGUAAGACAGUUCUGUGUUUAAAUGAGGUUUGUAAAACGUUAAAAAAACUGUUAAUAAGUAAUUCUGGUAAAAAUUCUGGGUAAGCUCCCCCAACUUAAAAUCAAAUACUCCUAGUUAAUCUUCUACAGAGUACCCUCCCUAGGAGAAACAAAAAUUAAUAAGGACAGACCAAGAGAGGUAACCAGAGAAGCGGGUAAAAAUAAAAGGACUCUAAAAGGGCUUAAAAACUUCGUCUAACUGAAAUCACCAAGAGGCAAGACCGGGUGGGCAGGCUGUGUAAGAUGACCCAUACCGGACUCUUGGGAAGGGUAGUAAUGAUGGCUUUCAUUGCUGGUGCUCUGGGGAGCCCAGGAGAGCCGUGCUGUGAGUGCUACCAACCCCUCGAGGAGUGAGAAAUAAGCUCCUUGUCGAGAGUCCAUACAGGUUUUAACCCUAAUUGUGUUAACCUCUCCGAAUUGGUCUUUUGUGAAAAGGAUGAGAAAGGAUGGAAUGGCCCAUAAUACUGCCACUUUUAUGCAGCAACUCCCGGGAGAGUGCCCUGUAGGAGAAGCCGUUUUGGGCUUUGAACGUGAUGUUACUGAAGCAAGCUUGGUAAAUCUGGAAAAAGACAAGACAUGGUAAAAGUGGUACGAAAAAUGGUUUGUAAAAGGUAUUUAGCAGUUAAGUCUGUUAAGAAAAAAGAAAGGGACAAGUGUAUCUACCAUGAAGCAUAUGAACUUUAUGAGUGUACUGAAAAAGACGUAAACCCCUUUUGGAAAAUGAAUGAACUGUGUAAAUGUUGGGAGAGCCCUAAACCCCUGGUUUUGAUCUCUGGUACUACAGCAUACACUAAAUUGUCAGGAGACUGGUCUGGUAGUUGCACUACUGGAAUAAUAAGACCAGAUUUCUCUUUAUUGUCCAAAGAAUCUGAAUCAAGUUUAGGAGUUCCUAUAUACAAAGAUUUAAGAGAAAUCAAACAGAAGAAGCGAAGUACAAUAGAAAUUAAGAGAAGCCAAGAUUGUAAGGGCCAAGUUCAGACCCCGAUAUCUAUGCUAAAUAGAAUCAUCAGGCUCCAGGCAAUAUUAGAGAUAAAGAAUGCAAUCAUUAGAAACAUCUCAAACGAGAUAAAAAAACUAGCACAUGUAAACGACCAAGAACAGACUCCUACACUUGAUUCCAGUUGGUGGGAUAACCUAUGGACUUUCAAAAAGGAUUUAUGGGAAAAAGUGACUUUCCCCACUGUGUGUAUACUUGAGGGAUUGCUUUUUUUACUGUGCUUAUGUCCCUGCUUCAUUAGAAUAGUGGUACAUGCCGUGCAGACCAACCUAAAGAUCUCAAAAACAUUUAACCUGGAGAAACCAAGGAAAGUAACAAAGUUAAGUAACUAUGAUUACCAGAGUGCUCAAUAAAUUUAUAAUCAAUACAAAAAAUUAAAGUUGAUGCAAGCUUAGGUUUAAGCUCGAUCAAAGAAAAAGAGGGGGGACUGUUAUGAGUAAAAAAAGUUACCCAUUUUUUUAAGAGAAGGACCUGCAGAGUUUAAAGUUAAGCUGGGAACUGAUCGCUGGCCAAGAGUUCUUUUGUUAGUUAAAUGUUGUAACCACCUGUUGAGUAUCGUCGUUUAACUCUCUAUUGUGGAGAAUUCUUCUUUUUCAGUACCACCCUUGCCUGCUGCCAAGAAGAUGACACCCCCCCCCCCACCACCACCCCUUGCCCCCGACGGUGGGGAAGAGAGGGAGAAUUUGCAUCUCAGGAGACGUGCAAAUUUAUCUCAAAACCCAGACUGCACUGGGACAAGAACCCCACCAAAUCCUGGAAAACACCCCAAAAGAGACGAGCCAAAGCAGAAUUGAGGGGUCAGGGUGGUGUUUGGACAGCAGGAGCGAGGUCUAAAGCUGGCAGAGACGCUGAAAACAUCGGUCACUCCUCGCCCCGACUACAAAGAAAGUCAUUUGGACCCAGGACCCCCUGGACCAACAAGCUGCGCUGUACUUCGGAUAUAUCCCCACUGACCUUGCAAGGUUGGGAAUCAAUCCUGGCUCUGCCCUUAGCGGACAGAGCUGUAAAUCCUUGUUUUCAGAGUCGCUGCUGGGAGCGGCAGCAGGAACCUGUGGACCUGCCUACUGCCACGUUUGAGCUGAUCACUUUUAAUAAAGGCAUUA